GUGCGAGCUCGUCCUGAGAGCGCGCGGCGUCCGCGGGAAUUUAUGGUUCUUUUAAUAUUAUGAUAAAAGAUUAAACUUUUUUUCUUCUUCUCUAAACCGGAAAUGCUUUUUCCUUCUCCUGGCCGCGUCCUUCUCGGCUCGCGCUGAUGGACCUCGCGCUGGAGGAUGACCAUGGCUUCUCUGGCCGACAGUCUGGUGACCUCUGACCCCGCCAAAUCCGCCUUCCUGGAGUUCAGUCACGGUCACGGAUACCCGGCUCGCGCGCAGCCCUACUCGCACUACCCCGCGCACGCGCUGCACGAGCCCGCGGGCUCCAGCGCGGGCCACUACGGCUACCAGAGCGCGCCGCCCGCUCGAGCAUUCCUGCCUCACGGAGGAGGCCUGGGGCAUGCGGGCCAGCCACAUCCGGACAAAUCAGCAGUGAUUGAAAACGGAGAGAUCAGGCUGAAUGGAAAAGGGAAGAAGAUACGGAAGCCCCGGACCAUUUACUCCAGCUUCCAGCUUCAGGCCCUGAACCAGCGCUUCCAGCAGACUCAGUACCUCGCCCUGCCUGAGAGAGCUGACCUGGCAGCAAAACUGGGCCUAACACAGACACAGGUAAAGAUAUGGUUCCAGAACAAACGAUCCAAAUACAAAAAGAUAAUGAAACAUGGCUCGGGUGGGCCAGAAGGAGAACAUCUUCAGACAGCUGCAGCUUCAGGAACUCAAUGUUCUCCGGCGAUGCCUCCAUUAUGGGAUGUUUCCAUGUCAAACAACGGCGCCCCCAUCCACACUGGAGGAUAUAUGAACUCCUUUGGGCACUGGUACCCAAGUCACCAUCAGGACUCUGUUUGGCCGGAACUCAAAUGAUUUUCGUGGGAUGAGUGAAAUUCAUUUCAUUCUGAUUCUCACAGCACCAAUCAACAUAUUUACCACUCUGAGAGCCUCUGAAAACAUCAACCAAACAUAGAGGUCUCCCCUCACGCCUUCUCUUUAUCAUGAAGACUGACGAGUCUCAACUUUCCUUUUUUUCCUAUCUGAGC